CUGACCAUCUUCAGUGACCCGGUGGUCCUGCGUUGCGGACACUCUUUCUGCCGGGAAUGCAUCAGUCUUUCUUUGAAGUCACAGCCACAGUGUCCACAGUGCCGGGUCCCAGAGAAGGGACAGUUCGCCACCAACCACAUCCUGAAAAGCCUUUCAGAGAAAGCCAAAGAGAAUGAGAGGUCAAAGAGAGGAUCUGGAGCAGAAGAGGCUGCUGGCGGGUUUUGUCCCGAGCACGAGGAGAAGCUGAAGCUGUUCUGCUUCACGGACCGGCAGCUGGUCUGCUUCAUCUGCCGGGACGGGGAGAAGCACGAGGGCCACCAGUUCAAACCGGUCAAAGAGGCGGCGGCGUUAGUCAGGAAGGGGCUGGAGAAUGCCGCUGCCCCCCGCCCGCCCAUGAGCCAGAGCACCUGA